CGCGAAAAUCCGACGCGUCAAAAGUCGUCCAGUUUUUCAGGAUUUUUCAGUACAGCAGUAGCAGCACCACCGUCAGAAGCAGAAAUCUUCCCGAAAACAGUGAAUUUUUCUCGUUUAUAGUUUAGCGUUAAGUCGGGCAGGAUAGUAACUUAUUGCGGGCGUGAGUUCAGUGAAAUUUGCACAGACUUUGGGGGUUUGAUAUCGCAUCGUUUCCGGUUGUCGAUUCCAUCCGACUGGCAGUGAAACCUUGCUCUUGUUUCCCCACGCAGGGUGGAUCAGAAGCUCGGGUAGAAAAUAGAAAAAAAGGGAUGAAUCCAUAUGGCUGCAUUUCUCUCUUAGUUCUUAGCCUACAGUGAAAAAAAAACAAGCAAAUUAUUUAUGUGUAUCUGUACAUCUAAGACUCAAUGUGCAGUGCGAGCCUCUAGCGGUUCUAGGGAUCACACUUAACAUUGGAUCCCAAAGGAGUCCCUUCACACAUAUCCUGUUGUUUAGAGUUAUUGAUUGCAACCCAGGUUACUCUCUUUAGCACAGAAGAACCCAAGAUCACCGUUGUUAAGUUGAUUGUACAGAACAAACCCAGCUAGACAACCGUUUAACAAUAUACACACACAACCCUGCAUCCUAUUUACUCUAUUACUACUGUCCGAUAUACACCAGACUAGGAUAUUACAACUGUAGCACUCAACUAUGGCAAAUAAGAUGCUCGGGAAGGGUAAAUUGCCCGUCGAGUCGGAAGAUGCUCAGAAGCUACGCUUCCAGGUGGAGCUGGAAUUCGUGCAGUGCCUGGCCAAUCCCAACUAUCUUCAUUUCCUGGCCCAGCGUGGCUUCUUCAAAGACAAUGCCUUCAUCAACUAUCUGAAGUAUCUACUGUACUGGAAGGAUCCCGAGUACGCCAAAUAUCUCAAAUAUCCCAUGUGUUUGUACUUCCUGGACCUGCUGCAGUACGAACACUUCCGGCGGGAAAUCGUUAACGCGCAAUGCUGUAAGUUUAUCGACGAUCAGGCCAUUCUGCUGUGGCAGCACUACACUCGAAGGCGUACUCGGUUGACGUCGCUCGGAACCACAAGUCUAACGGGGCUGGCCGUCGGUGGUCAACCGGUGGGUGGCGGAGUGCAAGGGACGUUGCUGUCCAACGAACCGGUGCCGAUGUCUACGAACAAUAACAAUACCACAAAUGCGAAUGCCAACAAUCCUCAGCAAACGGGGCCUCAGCAGCAGAACGGAGGUUUGACCGUGGGUCAACAGAACGGGCUCACGAAUAACAGUGGGAUGGCGGGUGUUGUGUUGGGUGGUGGCGCCGGGGCUGUCGGAAUCGGUGGUGGUGGAGGGAAUCUCAGCGGACAGAAAGUGUCGUAAAACCGCGAUUGGUCUCUGUUCAAAAGUCUAUGUUUUCUUGUGUAAAAAGACUG